AUGCAGGAGAUCAACUUCUGGCUGGGCAUGGAGAAGGUGCUGAAUGACGUGCACACCCAGCUGCAGGGUCCUCCCAUUCAGCUGACCUUGAACUUGCUCAAGGGGGCACGUCGAUUCCUCGCAACCAUGUCGUUCGAGUCGGACACUGGCCUGAAGCCCGCGAUGGACAAAGUGGCCAACUUCCUGCAGCUGCUGCGCGACUUUCCCAUCAACGAGCUCAUCGUCUCCAACAGCAUCGAGCAGCUGACGCAGGCCGUGCGCACCAUCUUCCAGCACAUGCGGAGAAUCAGGAACGCCACGCAGUACCCGCUGAUGCGCGCGUACAACCUCGUCGAGGCGGUGAGCCGCGACCUCUCGGCGCAGCUCCUGAAGAUCCUGGCAUCCCAGCGCCUCAUGCAGCAGGCCGCGGAGGCCUUCGAGGCGAACAUGGUCGCCACCACCGAGCUCUUCCGGGUAUGGGACGACGAGGUGCGGCAGUUCAAGGACCUCGUGCGAGAGCUGCUCCGAAAGAGGGGCACCAACGAGAGGCCACCUCUGAAGAUCAACCUCGAGCACAACCACCUCCAAGAGCGCAUCGUUGACCUGCAGAAGUUCCGCAGGCAGCACAUGAAGCUGCAGGAGGUCAUCGAGAAGGUGCUGUCCGAGGGCAAGGAGAGCGGUGCGAAGGCGGAGGUGCAGUCGGCAUACCGCCUGCUGGAGGACGUGGAUGUCCUUGACGUCACUCGGCGCGGGGUGCAGGAGUGGGAUAGCGCCAAGAAGAGGUACGACGAGAAGAUCGACCACGCCGAGAGCGAGAUCACGGCGCACCUCCGAGAUCGGCUGGGCGCCGCGAAGACGGCGACGGAGAUGUUCCGCGUGUUCAGCCGCUUCAACGCGCUCUUCGUGCGCCCGCGCAUCCGCGGCGCCAUCCAGGAGUACCAGACGAGCCUCAUCGCGCAGGUCAAGGAGGACGUCCAGAGGCUCCAGGAGAAGUUCAAGGAGGGCUACGAGGGGGAGGUCAGGAAGAUGUCCACGCUGCGGGACAUACCGCCCACCUCCGGACGCAUCAUCUGGGCCAACCAGCUGCAGCGCAGGCUGCAGGUGUACAUGGACCGGGUAAUGGACGUGCUGGGCCGCGGCUGGGACACGCACGUGGACGGCCAGAAGCUGAAGCAGGAGGGGGACGCGUUUGCGAAGAAGAUGCGCACGGUGGCGGAUAUUUGA